AUGCCUCUUGUAAAAACGGAGGAAAUCAACGAGGACACUCGCGUCCUGGGCUACGACCCUCUGCUUUCGCCUCAGUUCGUCCAGUCCGAGAUCCCAACUCCUGAGCUUUCGCUUCCAACCGUCCGAGCUGGCCGCAAGCAAGCGGUCGAGAUCAUCGAGCAGCGUGAUGACCGCCUUCUAGUGAUCGUUGGACCAUGCUCCAUCCAUGAUCCCGAAACAGCACUCGAAUAUGCCAACCGCCUCAAGGAGCUCUCCGCUCGUCUGUCUUCCGACCUCUGCGUCAUCAUGCGCGCCUACCUCGAGAAGCCCCGCACAACGGUUGGAUGGAAGGGUCUGAUCAACGACCCAGACAUCGACGAGUCCUACAACAUUAACAAGGGUCUCCGCGUGUCCCGUAAACUCUAUGCUGAUCUCACAGGCUUGGGUGUGCCUAUUGCCAGCGAGAUGCUUGACACCAUCUCCCCCCAGUACCUCGCCGAUCUGAUCUCCCUCGGUGCCAUUGGUGCCCGCACAACCGAGUCCCAAUUGCACCGUGAGCUUGCCUCCGGUCUCAGUUUCCCCAUCGGCUACAAGAACGGCACAGACGGCAACCUCACCGUCGCCAUUGACGCCAUUGGCGCCGCCGCUCACCCCCACCGCUUCCUAGGUGUCACCAAGCAGGGUCUCGCAUCCAUUACUAAGACCUCCGGUAACGAGCACGGUUUCGUGAUCUUGCGCGGAGGAAACAAGGGUACAAACUACGACCGUCAGAGUAUCCAGGGCGCUCGCGACGCUUUGGGCGGGAAGAAACAGCGCGAGGUCGUCAUGGUCGAUUGCUCGCACGGUAACUCCAACAAGAACCACCGCAACCAGCCCCUCGUCGCUAAGGAGGUUGGCGACCAGCUCCGUGAGGGCCAGGACGCUAUCAUUGGUGUUAUGAUCGAAUCCAACAUCCACGAGGGUAACCAAAAGGUUCCUGCCGAGGGUCCUUCCGGACUCAAGAAGGGUGUCAGUAUCACUGAUGCAUGCAUUGACUGGGAAAGCACCGUCAGUGUGCUGGAAGACCUCGCCGAUGCAGUCCGCGCUAGACGGGCCGCGAAGUCAAAAGCCAAUGGCGCAUCUGCGUAA